UAUAAUUUACAAUAUCUCGUAAGCUGUAAAAAUAAAAAAUGAUGAUGAAUUUAUAUUUUUUGUGACAUAUUGGAUGAACGUGUCUAUGUUGCUCCUACGUAAAAAACAACAAAAAAGGUGGUUAAAUAGGCGCUGGCUUGUGAGUCCUAUAAAUCAAAAGAGGAUCCAACAGGGAGAUUAUGAUCAUUUAUUCCAAGAAAUAAAAAAUGAUUGUGAUUUUUUUUAUCGAUAUACUAGAAUGACAUUGGAACACUUUGAGAAAUUAGUAGAACUGACAAAACCAUAUUUGAUAAAAAAAAGUUAUCGUGCUUUACUCCCAGAACUACGACUUUUAAUAACUAUAAGAUAUCUUGCUACAGGUGACCGACCAUUUGUUAUAGCUUUGGCAUUUAGAGUUGGUGAAUCCACAAAGAAGACUGGACGAAAUAUGCACAAGGAUAUUGGAAGAGAUGGAACAUUCCAAAUUGUGUGGGUUCCAUUGAUGGAAAACAUAUUAGAAUGCGCUGUCCUCCAAACUCGGGAAGUUUAUACUAUAACUAUAAAAAAUAUUAUAGUAUAGUAUUGUUAGCCGUAGCUGAUCAUUUAUAUAGAUUUACAUUGGUUGAUAUUGGAGCGUU